UUCAAAUGUUUUUCUGGACAAAUCUAAUCUUUUUCAUUAUAGUUUUAGUUGUAAAUAAUUUUGUUCAAUCAUGUUAUCGAUCUGAUCGUUUGGAUCCAUCGAAUCCAUGUUAUAAAAAAAAUUGUCAUCUUGGUGCUGAAUGUCAAUUAUCAUAUGAUGGUCAUUCGGCUGAAUGUGUUUGUAUGGAAAAAUGUCCAUCAUAUGGUGAUUCACGUGGUAGUCGUUUAGUUUGCGGUACUGAUGGACAUGAUUAUCCAAAUCUUUGUGAAUUAAAUCGACAUGCAUGUGAAUUUUCCAAAGAAAUACAUGUUCGUUAUAAUGGUUCUUGUGAUCCAUGUUAUGGUGUAAAAUGUCCAGCAUCACAAAUAUGUCAAGUUGAUGAUAAUCGUAAUCCAAUUUGUAAAUGUAAUUGUGCUUGUGGUAAUGAAUUCGAACCAGUUUGCGGUAGUGAUGGUAAAACAUAUAUCAAUGAAUGUACACUACGUGUUGAAGCAUGUCGUAGUUCAAAAAGUUUACGAAUAUUACAUCAAAAAUCAUGUUCAGAAAACAAUGCAUGUAAAUCACUAAAAUGUUCACAAUAUCAGGAUUGUGAAAUAAAUCGUUAUGGUAUUGCUCAAUGUCAAUGUCCAACAAGUUGUACAAAAAUAUUGAAACCAGUAUGUGGUACUGAUGGUAAAACAUAUGAUUCUGAUUGUGAUCUAAAACGUCAAGCUUGUUUAAAUCAUCGAAAUAUUAGCAUUCGAUAUAUGGGUACUUGUGAUUUAGAUAAUUUUUGUCAUCGUAAUCAUGGUAUAUGUAAAUAUGGUUCAAUUUGUGGCCUAUCACCAACAGGAAAUUAUAGCUGUAUUUGUCCACAAUGUAAUGAAGAAUAUUCACCUGUUUGUGGUAGCAAUAUGAUUACCUAUAAAAAUCGUUGUAAAUUUCGCCAGGAUAUGUGUGAAAAACAGUUGAAUAAUAUAACAUUUUCUGAUGGUCCUUGUUUUGGAUGUGAAAAUAUUAAUUGUUUAUAUUAUUCUAAAUGUGAAACCGAUGAUCAAGGUGGUCAUUGUGUUUGUCCAACAAAUUGUCAAAAGAAAUAUGAUCCAGUUUGUGGUUCAGAUCUGAUAACCUAUACAAAUGAAUGUGAAUUUCGUGCUAGUGCAUGUAAAAAACGAGAAAAUAUUCUGAUUAUUAAACAUGGUCCAUGUAAUUCUUGUCAAAAUAUUCAUUGUGAAUUUGGUGCCCGUUGUGAAAACGGGGUGUGUGUUUGUCCGAAAAAAUGUCCCACCUAUAUUGAUCCGGUUUGUGGUUCGAAUAAUAUUACCUAUGAAAAUCAAUGUCAAUUAAUGAUAUCGGCUUGUUCAAGUUUGAAAAAAAUCAACAUACAAUAUAAAGGACCUUGUGAAGGAAAAAUUCCAUUGCUCAAAAUCACUGAAUCAAUGAAUACACGAUGUCAAUAUAAUACCUGUAAAUAUGGUGGUAUCUGUAUGAUUGAUCAUCACCAACAACAAUCAACAGAAAAUACUUGUUUUUGCAAUUUCAAUUGUUCAAUAUUCACAGCUAAUUCGGAAAAAAUUUGUGGAAAUGAUGGCCGUAUCUAUGAAAAUGAAUGUAUAUUUCGUGAAGAAAUUUGUAAUCGACAACAAAAUAUUGAUAAAAUGGAUAUGAAUUUUUGUAAAAAAUUUUUAAAUAUACCAUGUCAAGGUCAACCACCAUUGAUCAAUAAUUUUACUAAAAAAGAAUACAAUUGUCAACAACAAAAUUGUCCAAAAUAUAGUUAUUGUCAUAAAGGAUUAGAUUUUGCUAAAUGUUGUCAAGAAUUGGAUUUCGAUGAAGAUUGUUUCGAUACCGUUUAUGGUUGUUGUCCGGAUCAAAAAACUUUAGCCCUUGGACCGAAUCAUGCUGGAUGUCCAAGUAUUUGUCAAUGUAAUCGACUGGGAUCAUAUCUUGCGAAAUGUAAUCCACAAUCAAAUCAAUGUUAUUGUAAACCAGGUGUCGGUGGUUUACGUUGUGAUCGUUGUGAAGCAGGUUAUUGGGGAUUGCAUAAGAUAUCCGAAGGAAAUUCCGGUUGUAUUCCUUGUAAAUGUAAUAAGAUUGGAUCAUCACGAAUCGAUUGUGAACAAAUGAGUGGCCGUUGUGUAUGUAAACCAGGAUUUCAAGGAAUGAAAUGUGAUAUUUGUUCGGAAACAACAUUCGGACAUUUGGAUCGUUGUCCGAUUGACCUAAAUAUUACAACCGAAACGUAUCCCUGUACUGAUAAUAAUCAAUGUAAUUUCAGUGCAAUAUGUAAAAAUUCUCAUUGUGUUUGUGAUUUUGAUUGUCCAUUCAGUACUGAUCCGGUAUGUGGUAGUAAUGGAAAAAUUUAUGAAUCUGAAUGUCAUCUGAAAUUGUAUUCAUGUAAAAUGAAUGAGCCAAUUACAUCUUUACCAUCAGAUCGUUGUUAUCCUACUACAGUUGCAUUUCAAGAUUCAGCAACAACAAGUCCGGUACGUCGUUCAACUCGUUAUCAAGAUUAUGAUCAACAACAACAACAUUUGACUGUAAAAAUGUUGGAUAUGUCUGAAAAUGAAAUCCUUUUGAAUACUGCUGGUCCAACAAUGCCAACAAUGGUCGAUUAUGAUUAUCGAUAUGAAGAAUCGGAAAAUAUUCAUUUCAAUGGCGAAGCUUUUAUCGAAAUGGAUACACUUAAAGCUCAUUCAAAAGUUAAACUUAAAUUAGAAAUCAUAACAUUUUCAUCUGAUGGUAUUAUUCUUUAUAAUGGACAAACAAAUACUGGAGAAGGCGAUUAUAUUGCAUUGAUUUUAAAAAAUUCAUUCAUUGAAUUACGAUUCAAUUUAGGAAGUGGAACUGUAGUGCUGAAAGGAUCGAAACCAAUUAUUCUUGGUCGUAAUCUUGUCAUACAGAUUAAUCGUCAAUUUGCCGAAGCUUCAUUAUCGAUAAAUAAUGAUCAGAUAAUUGGAAAAAGUGAAGGUCCACAUAAACUUCUUGAUUUAGGUCAUAAUCUUUUCAUUGGUGGUUUACCAUCAUUAAAUCAGAGAAAAUUUUUUGAUCUUUUAAGCGUAAAAAAGAAUUUUACCGGUUGUCUACAUUCAUUGAUUGUCAAUGAUAAUCGUAUACAUUUGUCGGAUCGAAAUCCAGAUUUUAUCAAUUGGAACAAUAUCGAAAAUUGUGACAAAAGUGCUUGUAAUCGAUCAUUUUGUAAAAAUGGUGGUAAAUGUCGACAACGUAAUCUUUCAUUUAAAUGUAUCUGUCCGAAGGAAUUCAUUGGUGAACAAUGUGAAACAAAAUUAUGUACUGGACAUAAAUGUACAUUCUGUCAAUAUGAUCAUCAUAUUUGUAAUAAAUCACAUUCAUUAGCUGUUAUGGAUUUUUGGAAUCAAUCAUUUGUACAAUUACCAACAUUACAUGGUGUUAGUCAAACAUUUAUAAUUGAAGUUUGGCUUAUGACAAGAGCAUUGAAUGGUUUAAUCAUGUUCAAUGGACAUAGUCAAGGUGAUUUUCUACAACUUCAUCUAAAUCAAGGUUUUAUUUAUUUUGAUUUCAAUUUGGGAAAUCCGCAAAACAAAAGUGGAAAUGUUUCUAUCAAAUCACAAAAUCGAUUAAAACUUGGAGAAUGGCAUCGAAUAGUUAUGAUACGACAAUCAAAAAUUGGAAUGUUACAAAUGGAUGAUGAGCCAUUAUUGACAGAUGUAGCCAUUGGAAAUCUAAAUGAAUUGAAUCUUAAUCAACCAUUUUAUUUGGGUGGUAUUCCACCAUCCGCCGAUAAUUAUUUCAAUGGAGCAAUACAACGUAUUGUUAUUAAUGGUAUCAUACAACGAAACAUUAUCGACAAAGCUAUCAAUCUGGUAAAUGUUCAACCAUAUCAUGGUCCACCUUGUGGUGGUAUUGAAAAUCCAUGUCAUAAUGAUGGUCAAUGUUUACCAUGGUUAAAUACAUUCAUAUGCCAUUGUCAACCGAAUUAUCACGGUGAAUUGUGUGAAAAGGCUAUCGAAAAGAAUUCCAAUUCAAUAUUACGAAGAUCCUAUGUGGAUAAUAUGACUACAGUGGAUUUACAAUUGGUCAAUUAUCAUAAAAAUUUGAUCGAACUGAAAUUGCGUACCAAAAAUGAAGAUGGAUUAAUCUUUUGGCUAAGCAAUGAUUCAAAUACAAUAUCGGAUUAUAUUGCUUUAAUAUUGAUCGAUGGUUAUCUGGAAUUUAGUUUUAAUCUUGGUAUACGAUCUAAUUAUCUUAGUAUAAGAAGUACGAUCAAAAUCAAUGAUGGUGAACUUCAUCAUGUUAUAUUAACUAGAGAUAAACGAAUAGGCAUUAUGGAAGUGGAUGAAAAAUAUAUGUCCAGCGCUAUUUCUGCCGAUGGAGCCAAUGAAUUAAAUACGAAUGGAAAAUUAUGGAUCGGUGGAUGUCAUUCAUUACCAAAUGGUCUAACACCAUCUUAUUAUCGCAAUUUUAUUGGCUGUUUAGAAAUGCUCAAAAUUGAAGGAAUAUUAAUCAUGAAUAAUGUACAGAAUUUAUUUGAUUGUUCUUUCAAUUAGUAUUUAUAAAAAAAUUAACUAUUAUCAUCGCCACCAUCGUUUCGUAAUUGAUCGAUUAAAUUUAAUACAAUUUUAA